UACGACGUUUGCAACUCAGCAAACUCAGGACGCUACUGGAAAAGCUACGUGGAGCAAGAGAUGAGGAGCAAGAACUACGAGAGAGUUGAAAAGCUGUUUCAACGAUGUCUGAUGAAAGUGCUCAACAUUGACCUAUGGAAGUGCUACCUAGCCUACGUCAAGGAGACUAAGGGUCUAUCGUCAUACAGAGAGAAGAUGGCCCCGUAUGACUUUGCCUUGGAUAAGAUGGGAAUGGACAUCUUUUCGUAUCCCAUCUGGAACGACUACAUCAACUUCUUGAAGGGAGUUGAAGCAGUAGGUUCAUACGCUGAGAACCAGAGGAUCACUGCCGUGAGGCGUGUGUUCCAACGGGGUAUCGUCAAUCCAAUGUCAAACAUCGAGGCUCUGUGGAAAGACUACAACAACUAUGAAAAUGGUAUCAAUAUUAUGAUAGCCAAGAAGAUGAUUGAAGAUAGGAGCAGAGAUUACAUGAAUGCCAGGAGGGUUGCCAAGGAGUACGAAGCCAUCACCAAGGGUCUCAACAGGAACAACCCCUCGGUCCCUCCGACGGGUACAGCGGAAGAGGCCAGGCAGAUUGAACUCUGGAAGAAGUACGUCAACUGGGAGAAACAGAACCCUCUCAGGACGGAGGAUCAGAUGCUCAUCACCAAGAGAGUGAUGUUUGCCUUUGAGCAGUGUCUGUUGUGUCUUGGCCAUCACCCCGAUGUCUGGUAUGAGUUUGCUCUCUAUCUGGAGAGCGCUAGCAGAAUCUUCACAGAGAAGGGGGACAUGAACAGUGGUAAGGUGUACAGUGAUGAAGCAGCAGCGGUCUACGAGAGAGCCAUCUCCACCAUCAUGAAGAAGAACUACCUCACUUACUUUGCGUAUGCUGAUUUUGAAGAGGGAAGGAUGAAGUACGAAAAAGUUCACAACAUCUACUCAAGGAUGCUGGCUCACGAAGAUGUUGACCCAACUCUGGUUUAUGUGCAGUACAUGAAGUUUGCCCGUCGAGCUGAAGGCAUCAAGGCCGCCAGGACGGUGUUCAAGAAAGGCAGGGAGGACCCGAGGAGCAAGUACCAUGUCUACGUAGCGGCGGCACUCAUGGAGUACUACUGCAGCAAGGAUUCUCAAGUAGCAUUCAAGAUCUUUGAGCUCGGUCUCAAGAAGUACGGCAAUGUCCCUGAGUACAUCUUAGCCUACGUGGACUACCUCUCUCAUCUCAAUGAGGAUAAUAACACAAGGGUUCUGUUUGAGAGAGUUCUCACAUCAGGGAGCCUCCCACAAGAACAGUCUGGAGAGACAUGGCUACGAUUUGAAGACUUCGAGUCAACGUGCGGAGAUCUUGCCAGUAUCAUCAAGGUUGAGAAGAGGAGACAGACGAUCUUCAAGACUGAGUACAAAGAUCGUGAGACUAGUCUCUUAGUGGACAGAUAUAGGUACCUAGAUCUCUUCCCAUGCAACCCUUCUGAACUCAAAGCUCUCGGCUAUAAGGAUCUUAGGCAAUCGAACAGGGCCCUCCAAAUCUUGAUUAAUCCCGUCCACACGGAACAUAGUCAGGGAACAGAGGAAGGCGCCGAGGCUGCAGGGGAGAGCAAGCAAGAAGAGAUUUGUAGACCUAGUCUGGACCAGAUGCUACCAUUCAGGCCCCGGGUCGCACCAAUGCCUGGCUCGCACCCCGUCCCUGGAGGGGAAUUCCCCCUGCCGCUGUCUGCCUCUAUGGUCCUGACCAAGCUACCCCCUCCUCAGAGCUUUCAGGGUCCCUUCGUGAAGGUCGACGACCUCAUGAGGUUAAUAGCCGAAUGCAGAAUACCUGAGCUAUCCCAGGAGUCUGUACCUAUCCCCAACGGCAUGGACCAGGACGAUAGCCAGGGCGAGACGGACCUGAAGCGCAAACGAGGCGGCGGCACGGGCACGGCUAGCAAGCAAGCCGACGAGGACUCCGAUGACGAGGAUGCAUCCCAUCAUGCACCACGCCAUGAUAUCUACCGCAGCAGGCAGCAGAAGAGAGUCAAAUGAGUUCCUAUUGUUAAGGGGUUUGUUUGACUGCAGUAGCAUGAUCAUGCCUCAAUGCAAAACUCAUCUCCUGUCUGAUUGGUCAGUUCCUACUGAUCAUGCUUUCAUGUCAUGACCUCCUUUCCUCUUUUAAAGCCUUUCAUCACCAUGAUGAUUGACCUGCUGGUUUUUGAUUGGCUGCAGUAGCAUGAUCAUGCCUCGAUGCAAAACUCAUCUCCCGUCUGAUUGGUCAGUUCCUACUGAUCAUGCUUUCAUGUCAUGAUUUCAAUUUCAUGGUGCCAAGUUUGUCAGUAGAAGGAAGGACUAUAUUUUGUUACUGUUUGAAAGCGGAAGGAUUUUUGACAGUAUUUGAUGAAUAUAAUAGGAUGGAGGAAAGAGAAGUGUUUUCACCUAUAACAGGCUGGACAAGAAACUAAAGAAGUCACACCUAUUUCACAUUGCGAUUUGCAUCAUGAAGAUGAUGAGAGGAACAGUUAACAUGUGAGGACCGUUCAGCUGUUGCUGUUGAACAGUUGUCAGCAGCAGUUGGCAAAAUAUUACUUGCGCCAUAUCAUUAUUUGAAUGUCGGUUACAGAUCACUCCUGGGGGUGUUUCACAAAGCCUUUUCUCAAUGACAAAUGAGACAAAUCUGCUGAUGACCAAUCAGUUGCUUAUAACAGAAACUGUGAUUUGUCACUGAUGACAAGUUUUGUGAAACACCCCCAGUAGUAAGUCAUAUGUCGACAUGUAGUGCAAAAAGGAAUAUCUGUCUACAAACAAAGAUGAACAUAUUCUGGUGAAAAGAUCAACCUUAGUCAUCAAGACAUCUGUGCGUUUUUUCUCACUCCAAACAAUAAUAAUACCCAAAUCGCUUGUUCUUAUGCCAAUAAUCAUUUUCUAUUUGCCAUUUGUUGUUAUUUGUAUUAUGGACAUAUAACCGUUAGGAAGCUAGAAUAGCACUUACCCAUAGCAUCUAGAUCCGAGUUACAUAUCACGCUUUCAGAUUUUAGCAGACAAUAACUAGUCAAGAUUACGGUAAGCACGAUUUUUCAAAAGCACCCACUUUUGACAUACAGUUAUUAGACGAUUUAAAAUAAUGCAUGUUGAUUAAAAGGCACGUCACUGAAGAACAUGUCUGUCUUCUAGUUACAGUAAAAUUCAAAUUCAAAACAGAAAAAAAUGUUAGUAUUUUUUUUGAAACAUUUAUAAAGCUGCAGCUAUAAGCAUCUCCCAAGAAGUGAUGAUCAGGGGGGCAUUUCACAAAACUUGUCAUCAGUAACAAAUGACAGUUUUUGUUACAAGCUACUGAAAUCCUUGCUUCUGAUUGGUUAUCAGCAGAUUUGUCAGUGAUUUUUGUCAUUUGUCAUUGAAAAAAGACCUUGUGAAACACACCCCAAGUUUUAGUUGACCUUACCAAUGUCUCAUUGCAUUGUGCCUUUAGAGGUAGUUAUGAUAUUUUGUUAUUAUUUUCACACAUUAAUUCAUGUUGCAUUCACAAGCUUUACAAUGAUUGUCAUGUUCCCUUAGACCCUUUCAAUGUUGAUGGUAUGAAACUAGAUGAAAAUUUUCAUACCCAAUGGUAUCUCAUCUCUCUCUCUCUCCUGUAUGUUUUUUUUGCUGUCUGCGAAGUCAAGCGGCAGAAGGGUUUUAAACCUGUCCACCUUUUAACCAAUGAAAUUAUUUUGAUGGAAUAUGAAUAUACACACUUUCUGUUUACAUUAUUUUUAUUUUGUUCGAAUGUGGAUGCAGCGAUUGAAUGCAGUUUACACUUAAUUUCGUAAUUUCUCAUCAAUUUUCUGAUUUCUGUUUGUAUUAUUUGAUAUUGACUGCAGGUCCAUCUAUUUUGUAGGAACAUGUUUUCGUCAGUAAUAUGUAUUUGCCCAUGUGACUCUAUGCGUUCCAUUGUGUAUAUAUUAAAAACAUAAAUAUGUAUGUUUUUUACUUAAUAAAGCAAACAAAAAA